CCUCGCGCAGUGGCGGGCGACGCGUUCACGGCGUGCGUUGUUUUAGCUGUACGCUGGUAGCGUCAAGCGUGUUUCAUCACUAUUGAUGCUAAAGUUUCACGAUGGUCGACCACAACCAGAAGAUACUGCAGGAGUUGCUAAAGAAACCCGGGAAUAAUGUGUGCGCCGACUGCGGAGCAGAGGACCCCGACUGGGCCUCCUACAACCUGGGCAUCUUCAUCUGCAUGCGCUGCGCCAGCGUCCACCGCGGCAUGGGCGCCCACAUCAGCAAGGUCAAACACCUGGAUCUGGACCGCUGGGAGGUCUCCCAGUUGCACAGAAUGAAGGAGGUGGGGAAUGUGGCUGCUAAGAAGAAGUAUGAGCAGCAGGUCCCAGCGUGUUACCGACGGCCGAAGAAGGAUGAUCCACAAGUGCUUAUAGAACAGUGGAUUCGAGCUAAGUAUGAACGGGAGGAGUUCUGUCAUUGUGAAAGACAGAGUUACCUGUCUGGCACCAUGGAAGGUUUCCUCAUGAAGAGAGGGAAGGAAGACAGCAGAUAUCAACUAAGAAAGUUCGUGCUUAACGAAAAUGACGAUACGCUAAAGUACCAAGACACGACAGACGGCUGUAGCUUUGCAUCGGGUUGUCUCGGACGAAUUUUCGAUUGUCUCCGUCUCAAAAACAUUGGUCGUUUGAGGUAUCACGUAAAGGAGAAUAAGGAACCUAAGGGUGUUCUCAAAAUAUCGGAACUGAACGUUUCGUUCGCGCCCCAGAAAAUAGGGCACAUGAACUCAAUGCAGCUAACAUUCAUGAAAGACGGAUCUACGAGACACAUCUACGUAUACCACGAGGACCCAGAAGUUAUAAACGCAUGGUACACAGCGAUACGAUGCGCCAAACUCCAUCUCCUCCAAGUGGCGUUUCCAUCUACACCGGAAUCUGACCUCAUCCACCGUCUGCCCAAGGACUUCGCUCGGGAAGGCUGGCUGUGGAAGACCGGCCCCAGGCUAUCUGACGUCCACAGAAGACGAUGGUUCACGUUGGACGACAGAAAACUGAUGUACCACGAUGAACCUUUGGACGCGUAUCCGAAAGGCGAAAUUUUCAUAGGCCACGAGUCCAACGGGUACCAGAUUAAAGUGUCUAACACGGGUAACGGGUGCAAGGAGGCCAGGUUCCCAUUCCACCUGGUGACGCCGGAGCGGGUGUUCAGUCUGGCGGCGACCACGCAUGAAGACCGCGCCGGCUGGCUCGCUGUUAUACAGCAGACGCUGAGGCGGCCGCUCACGCCGCAGGACUCUACUAUUGAAGCAAACCUCGUUAGAAAACGCAACACGAAUAGCUCUAUGAACAUCUUCUCUGGGAGGUAGUCUGCAGUACACAAGCUACGCAAGUUCUACCAAACUAUUUCGAGAUCGUUUUCAACGUAAAAUCACAACUAUUUUGUACGCAAACGUUUAUUUUUUAGAAUAUUUUAUUUGUAAAUAAAAUUAUGUUUGCCGUGAAAUAUGUUCGUAUGUACCAUUUUGUUUUAGUCAUUGUAAAUAUUUUAGUUAAGAUUGCAUAUGAAAUCUGAAUGUGAAUGGACUGAAUCUAAUUUAUUGACUAAUUUAUUUUUACUAGUGUAACAUAAAAUGAUUUCGCACAAAAUAAAAU